CGCUCUGCCCGCCCGGACCCCCUUCUCUCCUCAGUCUGCCACGGCCGCGCAUGCGCAGUGCGCUCGCUCCCUCAGCCCGGUGCGCUCCGCUGCUUUCCCCGUGUCCUGCCCGCGGCCUGUGUGUGGAGGAGAGGCGGCGCAGCCCCGCGCUCAUGCAGCCUGAGUUUCCCCCGGGGACGGUCGGUCUCAUGGAGCGGGUCGGAGCCGCGCAGUCUCGUUUGGGUUUGGGUUCACCAUGCGCCGCCGGACAGCACUAAGAUGUGUGCGCGCUCUCAGAUAGUCUUUUUGCUUCUCGCUUGCAACUUCUGCGCCUUGGUUUACGCUCAGGACCCCUCCUGCUGCCAUCAUGCUGCCGAGUUCCCUCAGUGUAGGGAAGCCUGCGAUCAACUUGCAAAGAUCAGAAGUGAUUCCCAUCUGAGGUUCCUUUACCAGCGUCUCUCAAGUUACUGUUCAGAGUCUAUGACUGAGCUUUGGAUCUGUAUCAACUCUACGUUACCUGGAGCUUCAAGGAAGUCUUAUGGAUGGGUCGGGCUGGGCUGCUGUGAGCUGGCCAUCUCAGCAGAGUGCCGCAGGGAAUGCAAACAGGCAUCUUCUAAGAACGAUAUCACAAAAAUAUGCAAAAAAGACACAGAGAAACCGCUCUACAGCUGUAUCACCAAAAAUGAAAUGGGCUCAGUUUGCUGCAGCUAUGCGGAGAAGCAAACGAACUGCCGCGAGUACUGCCAGGCCAUCUUCCGCACGGACUCCUCACCCACCAGCUCCCAAAUCAGUGCAGUCAAGCAGUACUGCCAGGGCACCAGCCCACAGCUCAUUGGCUGUGUGGCUAACUACACCAAAUCCUACCCAACCAGGAGUCCCAUCGACAGUCUGUACUGUUGUGACCGUGCCGAGGAGGCGCACUGCCAGACAGCAUGUAAACGCAUCCUGCGCACCAUGACCACGGAGCACGAGAUCAUGGAGGGUCUCAUCAAUGAGUGUGGCAGUCAGCCCCUCCCUCAGGACCCCCUGUGGCAGUGCUUCCUGGGUAGCGCUCACCCUCCUGCCAAAAGUGACCCAGAAACCGCGCCCACUGCCAAGAUGGACUGCGCCAAGCUGCACUGCUGCUCCAAAGCUAAUACCUCACUGUGCAGGAAAAUGUGCCAAGAGAUCAGCACCAACUGGGGCACUCAGACAUGGCAGGAGUUUGACCAGCUGUGUGAGUACAACCCCGUGGAGACUGACCUCAUUACCUGUCUGGCGGACGUGAGGGAACCGUGCCAGCUGGGCUGCAAGGAUCUCACCUACUGCACAAAUUUCAAUAACAGGCCCACAGAGCUCUUCCGGAGCUGCAACGUCCAGUCAGACCAGGGCGCCAUGAAUGACAUCAAGCUGUGGUCUAAUGGAACGAUCCGGAUGCCUGUGAUGAACAUUCCUGUUCUGGAUAUCAGAAAGUGUCAGCCUGAGAUGUGGAAAGCUGUGGCCUGCGCACUGCAGAUCAAACCCUGCUACAGCAAAUCAAGAGGCAGCGUCAUCUGCAAGUCAGACUGUGUGGACAUCCUGACGCACUGUGGGGACUUUACACGCUUCCCAGAAGGGCAGACCCCUGAGCGUAUCUGUGAUCUUCUGUCUCCUACUGAUGACCCAGAGAGAUGCAUUCCUCUACACAGAUACCUCACUCCGAGCCCCUUCGACAACAUCAUUGAGGAGGUGAUCCACCCCUGUAACCCCAACCCGUGUCCCAGCAACCAUCUGUGUGAAGUGAACAGGAAGGGCUGUCACGCAGGACAAGACUGCCUGCCAUACUUCUGUGUGCCUGGCUGCAAACUGGGUGAGGCGUCGGAGUUCCUGGUGCAUAUGGAGGCGCGAAUCCAAGUCCCUGUGCGCAGCGGUCAAGCAGGCUGUUACGAGGUGUGCACCUGCGGACAGAGUGGUCGUCUGGAGAACUGCGUUGAGAUGCCUUGCAUCGACACAACCCAGACCUGCGUCAGCGGAGAACAGAGAAAAAUUCAUGGAGAAUCUUUCAAGAAGGACUGUGACUCAUGCUCCUGUUAUGCUGGAGAGACAAUCUGCUCUUCACGCAAGUGCCCCAGCCUAGAACACUCAGACGACGACCGCCACCUCUUCAGAGGCCUUCCAUGCGGCUGCCCUGAUCACUUUGUUCCAGUGUGUGCCCGGAAUGGACGUACAUACCCCAGUGCAUGCGUGGCUCGCUGUGUGGGCUUCCAGGACAAUCAGUUUGGGUAUGGCUCCUGCAGGAGCUCAGAGCCCUGCUCCCCGAACCCCUGCCAGAAGAACCAGAGGUGCAUCCCGAAGCGGCGAGUGUGUCUGACGGACAUGACCGACUACCCGUGUCUGCAGUACGAGUGUGUGAACCGCCCUUCAGGCUGUGACCCGAACCAGCUGGAUCCGGCCUGUGAUACAGACAACCUGGAGCAUGCUAACCUGUGCCUGCUCUACCAGCGGGGAAAGACCCUGGCCUACAUGGGACACUGCCAGGAUGCCUGCAGGGUGCGCCAAGAAGUGUGUGGACACAACGGUGAGACGUACAGCACGGUGUGUGAGGCGUUCUCAGACCGCGUGGCUGUGGAUUAUCAUGGAGUGUGUCACGCUAUGGGAGCAGUAUCAGAGUUCAUGACAGACUCCGGCUGUAAUGCAGUGCCUUGCCCUCCUCUCUCCACACAGGGCUGCAACCCUGUCACCCCACCUGGUGCGUGCUGCCCCAUCUGUGCUGGAAUGCUGCAGAUCCUCUGGAAUAAAAAGCAGAUGAACACCUUUGCCAAGUUGAACCGGAAUCAACCGAUAACAGUACACAACAUUCUGAGGAUUCUUCGGCUGCAUAUUUCUGUUCCUCAGUGUGAUAUAUUCGGCUACCUGAGCAUCGACUCGGAAAUCGUCAUCCUCAUCGUACCUGUCGACCAGCAGCCCACACCACUGCAGAUUGAAGCCUGCAGCAAAGAGGCAGAGAAGAUUGACUCUCUGAUUAACUCGGGCAGCCCCACACUGGUCUCCCACGUGCCUCUGUCCGCCUUCCUCAUGUCCGAGCUAAAGCUGUCCACCGUCAGCUCGGCUGCUCCUCCCAGCGCCUCCUCGCUCUCUCUCCUCCUCCUCUGUCUCCUCCUCUCCACACUCAUCCUGCCCUUCACAGGGAGGACCCCGUGAAACGCCUAGACACAAGUGCCACGCCGCCACGCUCCUUAACGUCUGUUGCCCAGCAACAGGACAUCACCGGUGUCCUCUGAACUUCUGUGGGCAAAUCAUUGUGUUACUGGAAGCGGCUCUGGUCCGCAGUGCCUCGACAAUCAAAAAGAGAAAAAAGAAAAAAAACGCAAAGCAGAUGAGAACAAUCAUUGUAAGUGUGAUAAAAGAGCAGCAGCAGAGUUCAGCAGAGACUGACGAGGAAUCAUUCAUAAACUCAUUAAUAUAUCGCAGGCUGUUUUAUUGAACACAGCAUUGCUUUAUUUUAAAUGAUAUAAUGCUAAGCUGCGUUUGAAUUAUCAUGCUAAUUCCUUUUAUUUCACAGCACAGCAUCAUUUACAGUAUGUGCAGAUCUGAGCAUCUGCUGGAAACAGUGAAAGAUGGAAGCAGUGGAGUGACCAAUCAGAGCAGACUUCAGGCUAUAGUAUAGCUCUGCUCAGUUCCAUUUUCCACUUCCAUGGACUUCCACACACUCCUCUACUCUGUGUUUAGUAUCAGAGUCUUAUACAUUUCAUAUCAGAAAUACGACAACAUCAUUAAAAUAGCACUCAAUGGAAGCAGUAGAUAAAGCUAAGGCUCCACCCCCUAGCUAAAAAAAACUCACAUUUAUAAGGGAUCAAAUUAUAGGGAUCGCUCUCUUUCUCUCUCUCUAUCUAUCUCUUUGUUCCUCCCUGUAGAUAAUGUAAUAAAAACCUAAUCAGAGGAAGGAGGAACUUACAGCCAUGCUAAUGAAUAUGACAAUCAUAUCGCUUACCCACAAGUGGGUAAUCACAACCGUAUGCCUUGCUUAUACAGUUUAUAUAUAUAUAUAUAUAAAUAUAAAUAUAUGUAAAGAUUUUUUUUUAUAUGAAGCAUUGCAGAAACUAAAAAAUGAUGUUGAUAAAAAAUGAUGUUUUAUUUAGCUAAAUGUUUUAUUUGAAAUUGUUUAAUCUGAUCCGAAGAUCAGAAUCACAAUGUGCCAUUUAAAAAAAAAAAUCUUAUUCUUGCAUGAUGACAAUUAUGAAGUGUUUUUACAGAAAGCUUUGUAUUACGUGUUCUGUCUGCGUGCCUACAUGUCGUCUCUCUGCCUACGUCACACGAAGGGUCUCUGGUGUUUUUUUAACAGUAUUAUCGUGCGUAGGCAGCUUUUUGUAGCAUUCCCAACCAAUGGAGCUUUGUGCUGUCCUGUGUGUCUGUUUCUGUGUUUCCAACUCAACCGAUGUGUAUUUUUAUAAGAUAAUAAUAAAAGUGUUCAUAUUGCCAAAUUA